UGGCAAUGUGCAGAAACAGUUGGGGUAGCUUAUUCUGUUAGUCAAGAGCACAAAAAAGUUACCGUAUGGACUUUAAGUUGCAAAUACGUUAAUAUUUUUUUUGUUAUAAAUAACAGUUGAAUCAUGUUUAAAAACAACGGGAAGAAGACAGCCAUCUGCGUGACCACCACUGCGGGGCUCUGUUUGCUGAUGCUGCUGGUCGCCGUGCGGCAUCACGGGACUUCUGUGGAAAGCACCGCGGAGAAAACGCGCUCCCUCUCUGGGACCGAAGAAGAGGGCGAAGGGAGCCCCACCCCCGGACGGGCUGAGCAGAAGGGAUUCUCGGCGUACUUCAGCAAGCUGAACCGGGGUCGCAGGGAGGCGGAGAAGCCUGCAGCCGGUUCCCCCGGCUCAGCCGGCGGGGAUGCGGCUUCACCUCCCCCGGCUGAGGACAUCAGCCCAAGUGACCUGUUCAUCGCGGUGAAGACCACCAAGAAGUUCCACCAGGCCAGACUGAACCUUCUUCUGGACACCUGGAUCUCCAGAAGCAUGCAACAGACGUACAUCUUCACAGACGGCGAGGAUGAGGAGCUCAAACGGAAAAUUGGGAGUCACGCCAUCAACACCAAUUGCUCCGCCGCUCACAGCAGACAGGCCCUGUCCUGCAAGAUGGCCGUCGAGUAUGACAAAUUCAUAGAGUCUGGCAAGAAGUGGUUCUGUCACGUGGACGACGACAACUACGUGAAUGUGCGCGCUCUGCUGAAGCAGCUGUCCCAGUACCAGCACACCCAGGAUGUGUACAUCGGCAAACCCAGUCUGGACCGACCCAUUGAGGCCACAGAGAGGCUGGGGGACAACAAGAUGAAACCAGUCAACUUCUGGUUUGCUACGGGAGGAGCGGGCUUCUGUGUGAGCCGUGGUCUGGCACUGAAGAUGAGCCCGUGGGCCAGCGGCGGCCACUUCAUGAACACGGCAGAGAAGAUCCGCCUUCCGGACGACUGCACCAUCGGUUACAUCAUCGAGUCGGUCCUGGCCGUCCCACUGAUCCGAAGCAGCCUCUUCCACUCCCACUUGGAAAACCUGCAACAGGUGUCCCGUUCUGACAUCCACAAGCAGAUCACUCUGAGCUACGGGAUGUUUGAAAACAAGAGUAACAUCAUUAACCUGAAAGGAGCUUUUUCCAUGGAGGAGGAUCCAUCGAGGUUCAAGUCUGUGCACUGCCUCCUGUACCCAGACACCCCAUGGUGUCCCCCCCAGGUUGCCUUUUAGGGCGACCGCUCCUUUCCUCAUCCUCGUCCUCACCGUGCCUCGGUAUCUGAAAGGCACGCGAGGACCAGUGUCUUUUUCUCUGUGUCAAGACCGCGCGUCGCUGUCGUUGGGUUCUUACCAGCGAGCGGUACGAGGUCUUUAUGUUAAUUGGGCUGCUGUGCGGCCCCAUACUUAUGGGACUACCACCAUUUCCUAUCCAGAGCUUGGAUAGGAAGUAGCUUUAUGCGUUUUUUUUUUUUUUUAAAGCUUUGCAGGCAAUCCGUGGUGCUUGUAAAUGAAUCUGCAAUUCUCAUAGAAUGUAUUUCAUAUUUUUCAAGCCCUUUUUUGCCAGCUUUACUUGACGUAUUUUGCUUCUUUUUUUGUCUUUGGAAAUUUUCGAGCAUUUCGAUGGCGACGCAGAUGACUCCGGACAAACGCUCUCAUGUGAAGAUUUUGUUGUGCAGUGUUAUUUGUCAACAAGGCGACCUCAUCUGAAGUUAAUCAGGACUAAGCACUUUUUUAAAAAAAUACACAAAUUACAUAAAAUAUGUCCUGGAAUGGCUUCAGAUUAGUGUCAAAACUAACAAAAAUUUUAGCUAACAACCCCACAAAGAAACUCUUUCUGUUCAUUUGUAUGCAUUUCCAUAGAAUGACGCUCCUUUGUUGCAUUUGCUGCAAUCAGGAGGGACAUGAUGAGGAGGAAAGUUUUUGAUUUGGGGUUACAAUCAGCUUUCUUUUUGUUUCUUUGAACAUAUUUUUAUUAUUAUUUUGAAUGAUUGUAAAAUUGCACAGCUGAAUUUCAAAUGAGCUGAUGUGCGCUCUUGGAAAGAGACUCACCUCCCAGGCAGGCAGACUCAUUUGACUUGUGUGAGGUGACGUCUCUAAACCUGAACCGCAUCAGCGUCUCUGCAUGGAGUCGACCCACAUUGGGUUAAAACUGUACAUGAGCAUGACGACAGUAUUGUGUACUGUGACCUUGUUAGCUGCCAUUGUGUACAGAAUGUUCCUGAAUGUAAUAUGUGCUUCUUUUGUUAUACUGCCUUUUUUUUUGUUUGGUUUUUUUUUUUUUACGAAUUAUUCUCCAGCAUCUGGAGCGUUCAAGCAGUUCAUUCCCAAUAAUGACGUCUCAGGGAUUAUGAGCUGAUCCUGAUAUUUAACUAACUCUGCAGGGACCCGCGCGAGGGGGCCCAUAAACUCAGAAUAAAAGUGUAUAACC